CAUUCAUUCUCGCCAUUUUGCAAGAAUGUCAGCCAAAUCAUCAGCUCGCGCUUUUAGUUAAUUUUAUGUUGUUUUAUGUAAAUUUUGAGUGAUUUUUAUUUGAGACCAGCGAUUUAAUAUUUGGGGAUAAAAAUGGACCGUUUCAUAAGUAUGUGGAAGGUGCGGGAGUUGGCGGACAAAGUAACAAAUGUGGUAAUGAACUAUACAGAGGUAGAAGGCAAAGUACGGGAGGCGACAUCCGACGAAGCUUGGGGUCCUACUGGUCAGCAGAUGCAAGAAUUAGCACUGGCCACAUUCACAUACGAACAUUUUCCGGAAGUUAUGUCGAUGCUGUGGAGACGAAUGCUUCACGAUAACAGAGCUCAUUGGAGAAGAACUUACAAGUGCUUAUUGCUUCUCAGUUACCUUGUCCGCAACGGUUCGGAGCGUGUGGUGACGUCGGCUCGCGAACACAUCUACGAUCUACGUUCUCUAGAGAACUACGCAUAUGUAGAUGACUUGGGAAAAGAUCAGGGAAUAAAUGUUAGACACAAAGUUCGAGAACUUAUUGAUUUUAUACAAGAUGAUGAGAAACUUCGCGAGGAAAGAAAGAAAGCUAAGAAAAACAAAGACAAAUAUAUUGGUAUGUCGUCAGACGCGGCCGUGAUGGGUAUGAGGAGUAGUUCUGGGGGUUGGGGCGAAUACAGCGACCGGGGUACCAAUUGGGAUGAACCAAAAGAUAGGAGAGGUGAUGAAGAAGAAGAAUAUGACAGAGAUGACUCAGACGGUGACUAUGGUCAUAGAAAACCACAAAAAGAGAACGUAUAUCGUGACACGGAGAGUGCGGGCGGCGGUGUAGUAUCGGUAGGUCCGGUUGGACGCCGUUCUCCGGACCUGCCUUCAGGAAAAUCCCUCAACAUCAGCCUCAAAAGCCCGGCCGCCAGGAAACCCAGCACGCCAGUUAAGAAGAUCGAUCUAGGUGCAGCGGCGACAUAUGGCAAAUCAGUAACGCCAACCCCAGCGCCGACACCCACGACAGCCCCGCCGCAAUCCCACACUGCACAACAGUCACAAGAACUACUUGAUGACUUGUUCAAGACUUGUUCUGCUCCCACCACUGCAAACCUUGUGCUAGAAGAUGAUUUUGACCCCAGGGCGGAGGAGCAAAAAUCAUCACCAAAAGAAAGUUCCGAUUUUGGGGAGUUCACCAAUGCGUUCGGUGCGCCCUCUACUGGCGGAGAUGACGGCUUUGCGGACUUCACCAGCGCCUUCACCACGCCAACACCGGCACCCCAAGCACCUUUACCUGCGGCACCAGCACAAGCCCCACCACCAGUAGCCCCAACGUCGCCAGCAUCGAAUGUAGACCUGCUGAGUGAACUGUCGAGCCCAAUGCCGGCAUUUGGAAUGGAGGCCCUUAGUGGCCACCUCGCUGCCACUACUCUACAACCAUUGCAGCCAACCUUGCAACCUUCCCAAGGUUUACAAUCAACCAACUUACUCCAGCCCAUCGCACCGACUUCCCAACAACAGACACCGGCGUCGACAGCGAACAACACGAAAACGACAACAAAACUGGGCGCAACAUGGGCAGAUACCACGGGUGCUAUCAAUAUAGAUGUAGAUAAUCUACUAGCCCCUAGAUCGCCUAAAGCGGGCCCAGCGCCGACUAUAAACCAGCUCAAAUCUAGCCCGAACAGUCCAGCUCACAAGCCCAACCAAAUACCCACUGCUGGAAUGCCCAACAUGAUGAUGAGUAGCUUCCCGUACAUGCAAGCUCCAAUGAACAAUAACUUUAUCGCGCCCACAGCUGGACAAAUGCCCAGUGGACAAUUGAACAAUAAUAUGGCGCGACCACAAUUCGAGAAUCAUAAUUUCCUACAAUGAUAUUGGUUACUGGCAGACAUAUGCCAGAACGGUUAAGUUUGUGCUUAGGUUUCGGAGCAUCGAAGUAUUUGUUUAUUCGAUAUAAAUAAUCCAUAAAAUAUCACUAUGUUAGUGAUUAUAUUCAUAAAUAAAAAUUAAUUACAUUGUCUUUAUUAUUAUAAAUUUAAUAUUGAUACUUAAUUACUUUUAUUACAUAUAAAUAGUACCUGUUACUAUAAAAGACACUGCAUUCAAGAAUAAUAUAUGUAGUUAUGUACGGAAAUGCCUAAAUCCCUUUAUGCCAUUCGCAUAGAAUCGCAUUCCAUGCGCAUAGAAUCCGUAUCGCCGUUGGAUAAUCACUGAUUCUAAUGUCUAGUGUAGUGGAGAGGAUUUGCCUAUCAAAAUUGAGGAAUGGCCUGACUUAACAGUAUUUUUUUUAUAAUAUGGCUUUCCUGAAUUUAUAUUUUGUAAUAUAUAUUUUAAUAUCCAAACAUGCAAGAAAUAAUAAGAUUGAGCUGGAAAUUCAAUAUAAUAAUAAUAAUAAAGUAACAACAACAAAUAAAUCGUUUGAAUCUUCGAUGCUCUGAAAUAUUAACAAUAAGUGUAAUCUACAAGUGGGUUUCGUUGUAAAUUAGGUAAAUGAGAGUUUUAUACGAUUUUGAUAUUAAAACCCGUACGUUUUAAGUUCAAUUUCGGUCGAAACCCGCUGUUUUCAGUGGUGCAUAUCAAAUUAUAUCGCAUGAUAUUAUUUUACAAAAUUUAUUGUUCUCAAGUGUUAAAGCUCGGUUGUAUGUUUACCAUGAGACAACUGAAAAAUAUAAUAUACACUUUUUUUAUCCAUUUCUUCACGUUUAUUAAAAAAAUAUUUAAAUAUAUAGUGGCAAUUAUUUUUCUAUAUAUUCUUUGACACAACAAAUUCCAUUAUUAUCUUUUAUAGUCUGUAAUAAAUGGUUAAAAUCAGCUUAUAUAUUUUCGAUUUACAGUUUCAGGUAUAGAAAUUUCAUUUAAAGACAAUACACUUAUAUACAUAUGUAUAAUAUGUUAUCACAUCAUGGUAAAUAUACACAUUCUUGAACAAAGUAAACAAAUCUUACUUUCCGAAUCUUUAUAAAACAUUAACAUUUGGAACCCAGUUUUUUUUUUUCAAAUGUUAACAUUAUUAUUAAAAUAUAUUUCAUUGCUCAAGUUAAGUACCAAAUAAGAGUUUACAUAUUCAAUGAAUAUUAAAACUUUGCAAAAGAAUUACAUAUUUAACAUAAAUAAAAAAAAGUACAUCUUAAAUGACAUUUGGGAAAUGAAUUGUUUGCUUUUGAUAUGAAACUUGUAACAUUGAGUUCAGUAAUAAUCUCUUGUCAAUAUCAACUUUAUUGCGCAAAAGUCGCAGCCAGAUAAUUUCCGUUGCCAUGUUUUAUAUAUAUAUAUAUAUGAAAUGCUUAAGAUGCAAUAAACAAAGAUAAUGUUAACAUUCUUUUUUUUUUAUUAAACCUCUUUAUAAAUGUAAAAAAAAAAAAGAAAUUAGAUGACACAAUAAAGUAUUGUAUAUUCUAAUGUUAUCGAAGGAACUACAACCUUAAAUUUAACGUAACAAAACUUAUAUUCGGCUAUCAUUCCAUACAAGUGCCAGUUGUACAAUUGUCAUAAAUAUUUAUGAACUAAAUAAAGGUGCUUGUUUCCAUUUACUUAAUCCAUAAUAAACCAUUGUCAUUGCAAUGCCUCGAUCUGUAUUUUUUUCUAGUUGUUUAGUAUUUUUAAUCGACGAAAAAGAAAGUCUACUUCUAUUUUUUUUUUUUUUAUAAUUAUGAUGUAUACGAACAACAUUUAAUAAAAAUGAAAUAAGUAUCAAACCAAUAUAAACGUUGCCCCUUAUUUGGCAUACUACUUUAGAAAAAUAAAAACCUUUAAAAACAAGUUCAUCUCUAGUUUAAAAUUACUCAUGUGCAUUUCUAAAUCAAAUAUAUUUUACAAAAAGAUGAUUAGGCUUGACAAAUUCUAUUUAAAUUAUUAAUUUUUGAAAUAAAUAAGUUUUAUUGAAUAUACUAUUUACAAGGGUCACGUUUCUGAAAACUAAUAUUCAAUUUGGUGCAAUUUGUAGGGGAUCUGAUUUUACUUCUUCAUUUUAUAUUAAAUGUUUUAUUAAUGAAUGUAUUAUAAUUUCAGUUUGGCUACCGUUUGCUCUAUUUUGUAUAUGAAAUCUUCUGUUAUUUAAUACCUCAAAUUACUAGAUGUGCCCAUGUUAUUUUACAUAUUUAUGUCUUAAAAAAUUAUUUUGAUGCAAUUACUUUUUAAUGUAAGAACACUUGUUUUAAUUUAUGUGUAUUUAAGUCGAUCAUGCUGGACUAGUUUCGAUUUAAUAUUUAACAAUAGAAUUGAUGCAAAUAGUAUAAGUGUCCGUUUAUUACGAUAGUACUUAUCGUCAUAUGUUAAUGCAUAGACAAUGUUAAAUUGAGAUUCUUUAUAAAUUAUUAUUGUUUAUGUUCCUAAUGUCGAUAAAGUACUAAUUACAUGUACCUUCAUGCAGGUUGUAGUAUUGUUCUUUGGUGUUAGAACGAGUAUAGAGUAUUUUUUAUACCCGCUUUGACUUAUCGUACUGUAGUGUCAAAAUUAGUGUACCUACAUUGUUAUCGUGUUACGUUAGAUAAUAUAGUAGGCUAUUGAAAAUUGUAUAUAAAUAUACUAAACGUUUGUACGCUGAUGUUGCAACCAAGAUUACUCUAUGUAAAUUCAAUAAUUCUUCAAAAAUAUACAUUACGAGUUAAGAAUAAAGAAUAAAUUUAAAUUGACUACUGUUCUAAUGAUAAUGAAAGUUUGUAAAGAUAAUUGAAUGAUUUGAAUUUACUAUCACGUAACGAAUGAAUGGGUUUCAAUUAAAUUUGAUAUACAGAUGUAUGGUAUCCUGAAUAAAAUAUUGGAUACUUUUUAGUCACGCGGACAAAACCGAUAUAAGUGUGUAAUAUAUCGAUUAAAAUAUUAUCCUAUAUGUUAAUUGAGGUUAAAUUCUAUCUAUCAACUUACUUUCAAAUUCCUUCAAUUGUUUAAGCGUGAUAAAAUAACAAACAUUCAUGUUUACUUUUGAACUUUGACUACGUAAGAAUCUGUGAGAUCAGACCAGACAUACUAAUAAAAAUUUGUUUAAAACAAAGAUAAAUUUUAAAAGACUAUGGUAUUAUAAAGUCAUGCCUUUUUUGUAAUCUUUUGUCAAAAAUUUAAAUUAUUUAUUACUAUUAUUUUGGCUGAAUUUGGUACAUUUUACUACUUUCCACUUUAUGACUGUACUGUCUGAAUUAGUUCAGUCUGGUCUAUAAUAUUAAUAAUCAUUUAACACUUUAUUGAGUUUAAGAUAGAGUAACGACCUUAUAAAAAUGGUUGAACGUUGUAAAAUAGUUUGAAGGUAUUAUGAACGAGUCCAUGUACACUUGCUAGAUUAUCCAAUUUAUUGUAUACUUAUUUCUCAAAUUAUUUUGUUUGAUUAUUUGUCUAUAUCUUAUUAAAUAUCUCCAUUCCUAUUAUAUUCACUUUCUAUUCAGUAUGAUUUGUAUUAAAAAAUAUUUAUUAAUAUAAAUAUUACAGAGGUAAAUAGUUUAGUGAAUGUACAUCUUAAAAAUAGCAUUUCGUAAUAUAAAUGUCGAUUUAUUGUUUUUAAGUGCAUUUUAAUUGAAAAUAUCAAAGGAAAAAUUAAUUUUAUUUUUCUAUCGAUAGACACACUAUUCUUUCCUAAGAGUAUAUUACGCAGUAGGCAAGAUUUAUAAGACAAUCUCUGGUCUUUUUUAAUUAUUUUUUACUUCAUUCUACUACAUUUUACACGUGUUGUUUGUUGCACUACAUUUCUUUUUUUUUUGUGAAAUAAGAGGAUAAAAAUAAAGUUGACUAAUGAGUGAAAUUUAAUUUAAUAAUGUGCGUAACAUCUUCAGCCUUCAAAGUUUCAAUGUCAUAAAUUUUGCCUAUUAUGUUUUUCAAUAAAAUAAACAUCUGUCGAAUUUUGUAUUUGUUCGGUUAUACAAGUUUUAUAAAAUUUCUUACGUGUUAAAAAAUAACAGAUGCAUUUAAAUCAUUCCUUUCGGUUUUGUUGGUCAGUGGGUAAGUACUUAAUGUUGUGGAUACGGCAGCUAGAAUUGUUUGAAUACAGAAGAAUUAUUAUAUAACAAAAAAUAUUAUUCUUAAAAUCCACAUUAGUAGAAAGUAUUAUAAUGGUCCUCUGUUAAAUUCAAAAUAAUAAAUAAGAUCACGAUUUUAAUAGAGUAUAACAAUUUUUAAUGAAUUCAUUCAUUACUGUAUAUAACUUUUAGCUUUAUUUUUAACUUUGCGUUGGUGAAUUAUUAAUUCGUAACACUAAUAGUUAAAGCAGGAUAGUAUAAAUCAACUGCAUCUAUAAACCUUUAGUAACAUUUCUAAUAUUUUUUUGCUAUAAAUAAUGCCUUCUGUAUUUAACAUAAAUGUAUUAAGAUUUAAAUUAUUUUAUUAUAAUGAUUAUAAAAUUUUAAUGUAAGAGUCACAUGCGACGCGUUUGGGACAAAUAUCAAGUAAUGAUCGGGACCAAAGCUCAGAGUAACAAAUUAUUUUCUUGGCAGGCAGUAGGGCGUACAGGGGACGUGUCGUGUGUGAUUUAAGUGCUAUGGAGGUGCAAAUCGUGUAUUUUUAUUUUAAUGUGAACGAAGCAGUCAUAGAUUAAAUCUGGGUUACUCGUAAUGACUGUAAACAAUAAAACUUUUUUAUGUAAUACUUUUGGCUAACAAUAUUUGACAUAAAGUAUUAAUAUUGUUUAUAAUAGAUAAUAACCCUUAAAUCAAUGACGUGCUUUUAUCUUUUUCUGUUGUAUACUGAUGUUGAAGAAUAAAAAUACUUACUUUUCAUUUGUAUACGCACCUUAAAUUUAAACAAAACAUUUUGCAAUGCUUUUUUUAGUCUAUGGCUGCAAGCGCGCUAUUUCAAUGUUAUAAUGUACAUAUAAUUUGUAUUUUAUAUAGUUCUUCCAUUUAUUUCGUCAUAAUCGAGAUUCAGAGCAAUAAUUGUGGUUUAAAUUUAUUUGUAGUUAAACAUAGAGAUGAUUUUAUUAGUUUUAUCAUUUAAAUGUAUAUUGCAGUUACGAUUGUAUCCGCACAAUUUUGUUAUAUAAAAACCUCUAUUUAAUAUUCGAAGUAUAAUUAUUAAUUUAAUUAUUAGUUUGCUAUGUGUGUAGUACCAAAAUUCUAACGAAAAUGACUCAGUGCUAAUUUGACAACACUAUUCAUACCAUCUCUUCCCAAUUUCGUAUCGAAUAUAGCAUUAUUAGUGUUGUCUAAAAGAACUGAAUCGUAAUAUAAUAUUCUACAUAUAUAAUUAUAGAAAUUGUUAAUACUAUGAUUUUAGAUAGUAUUGGAUAUGGUUCGACGAUGUUUCGGAUCGGUUUUGAGUUACGUCGAGGACAUGAUGUAAUAAACAUAAUUAUGACAA